UAGAGAAUUAGAUAAAAAUUAUUACAUAAAAUGAAGAACAUUGAUUACAGUAAGUAUUCACGGUGAAGUCAAUCAUGAGGCUAGCCUAUGGCUGAUAGAAGAGCUAAUUUGAAAGCAUCAUAAAAUUUUGGAGUAUAAGCUAUUUUAGAGAGUUAAAUUUUGACAAGGAGAAAGAUAUUUUUGAUUUUUGGUUAAUGUACAUUUUAAAGAAAAAUUAUUAUCAACCAGAGGUGGUGUAAAAACUUAAAUUUUCUUUUGUAAUAUCAUACUUUCACCUUCUCAGCAAUGCUACAAGAAUUCCUUUGAUUCUCUCUUACUAACAUUUUUGUCGUGUCUAUACUAACAAUUUUGGAUAAAAACAAGUUUAAAAAUACUAUCUCACCAACAUAGGUUCAAAACUUAAACCAAGAGACAGUUUGAAAACAACAAUUGGAGUCCGAGAUUCUUUACAGCCUGAGAUCAGUACUUUUUCCCAAAAGAAAAAAUCCAUGAUCGACUUUGACAACGUGAUGGAAGGAUAUAUUAGCUUUGGUGGUGACAAGGACAAACCAUUUUUCAGAGAACCCUCUCAUAAAGGCAACUGGGAGAGGGUUUAUAACCAUAUUUACCAUACUAAAGAUAACAUAAUUGAUCAGCAGAAAUAUAUGAAAGUUUGCAGAAAGAGACAGAAGAGAGGAAAGGAUGCAAGGAAAAGAAUAAAGAGCCCUCAGAAUCGACUCUCACUACCCGGAAGUCCUUCAGCAAAUAAGCUAAGGCUGAGUCUUCAAGAUAUGUAUUUCCCCUCUAGAAGAAGUAACCUAAACAGAUCCGUUCAAGAAGCUAAUGAUAGGAUUGACAAAAAGUUGAUUGGUUCAAUGUUUUUGAAUAUUAUGAAGAAAAUUCACCAAGAGAGGAAGCCAAACCCUCGUUCAAAGCUAUCCCAGUUAAAAAUUGAUGCAGAACACUUCAGAAAUUCUUCCCUCAAGGAAAUUUCUAUGUUGCAGAAACAUAUCCAUGGCCAGAUUAAUGGAAAAGGGAGAAGAAAAUAAUAAAAGGAACCUUAAAACUCAGCUAUAUCAUAAUGAUAGAAGUGGAGAAAGAAUUAACCAGUCGCUUGGUCCUAUUGGAAAAACCAUUGACGAAUCAUUAGGGGUACUAUCUUCAGGCAAGAAGAUAGGAUCUAUCGAAAGAAUCAAGAAUAAUAGAAAUAGAGAAAAUUUGAAAUCUAUGAAUAUAUCAUUCCAUUUAAACAGCGAAAAUUUGAGUGUAUCCAGCAAUACAGACGACGAACCAAAAAUACACCUCAAUAAACCCUCUCUAAAAGUCUCACGAAAAGUUUUCUCAAAAUCCAAAAACCAGAACAAUCUUACAUCCCAUCAGAACCCAAUCUACUCCCUCUCACCUCCCAAAUCCCACCCCAAUCCCUACUCCAAAAGCAAACUCUUCAACAUCCUUCAUAAAAAAUCCUUCAUCAGCCCCCAACCUGUCCCUAUCCGCUGUUCCAGACUCUACAAAUCCCCCAAACCCCCUCUCAAGAUCCCAAAAACUACUCACAACCCCCACAUAUUCCUUUCCUAAACUUA